CACUGGCAAACAGUUAUAAUAUAUAUACAUGUACCUCAGAAUUAUCCCGGGUGCAAAGAGCAACUGAGCAGGCAGCAAAAUGUCCACAGAUUUAAUUAACCUUACAAAUGCAAUAGAACGCCUGGAAUUAACAGCGAAAGGCCUAGAGGAAUGGAAAACAAGCGCCGCCGAAAACAUGGACGAAAUGUUCCUGGUCAUCAUGGGAAUCAUCAUUUAUCUGAUGCAGGGUGGAUUUGCAUUGAUCGAAGCUGGUAGUGUCCGGAGCAAGAAUACAACGAAUAUUCUGAUCAAAAACUUGCUCGAUUCUUUUAUCUCGGGAGUGUUUUAUUGGAUUUUCGGGUACGCCUUUGCUUUUGGAGCGGGGAACGCCUUCAUUGGAUAUGAGCAUUUCGCACACAGCGGGCUGAGCGAUUCCUCGUACGCCGUCUGGUUUUUCCAGUAUGUCUUCGCCGCCACCGCCGCGACCAUUGUUUCUGGAGCGGUCGCCGAGCGAUGUGACUUUAUUGCCUACCUCGUGUAUAGUUCAGUGAUUACAGGCUUUAUCUACCCCGUGUUGACUCAUUGGGCGUGGUCCUCAGAAGGCUGGAUGAACCAGGGCUUCACGCACGGUACGGGAGAUAACUCUACCGGGACAAUUACCAUUCAAUAUCAGGAUUUUGCUGGCAGUGGCGUGGUGCAUGUGUGUGGCGGUGUUGCGGCAUUUGUUGCUGCUACCGUGAUGGGUCCUAGGAUUGGACGAUUCGACAAAGAGACGGGUCAACCAGAGGAAAUCAAGGGACACUCUGUACCGCUGGCUGCUCUCGGAGGAUUCAUCCUGAUCUUUGGUUUCCUGGCUUUUAAUGGCUCAUCACAAGGAAGCAUCUCCAACCCAGGCGACGGUGCCGCUGUUGCCACAGCAAUUAAAAACACUGUCAUGUCAGCUACUUCCGGUGCUUUUACGACAAUGUUUAUGAAUAAGCUCCCUUGGUUUGGGGACCGGAAGUGGAGCUUUGCCACAACUCUUAAUGGUGCUUUAGCAGGAAUGGUUGCCAUCUGUGCCGGUUGUAACCAAAUGGAAACAUAUGCCGCCUUCCUGAUUGGGAUCGGAGGGGGCGUGUCCUAUAUGAUCACCACGUGGCUCGUUCUAUUCAAACUUAAAGUGGAUGACCCUCUUGACGCAUGCGCAGUGCAUUAUGGGGGAGGAGUGUGGGGAGUAAUCUCGGUGGGAUUACUCUCUAGAGAUGUCGGGAUUCUGUAUAAAUGGAAUGCCGAGGCGGCACUGACGCUUGUUUGGCAGAUCACGAGUUUGGUGGCCAUCAUUGCGUGGACGGGCGCCCUCUGUUUCGUCAUGUUCUUCCUUUUGAAAAAGUUCAACCUCCUCAGAGUAUCGUUUGAGUGGGAAGUGAAAGGAUUGGACAUUCCAAAGCACGGAGAACCAGCUUACCCAUCAGAGGCCUACGGACACGGAUGGGGAGAAAAGGGGGACACCUUGUUUACAAUGGUUGAGAAGGCCACCAGUAUUCCUUCCAAGUCCAUCAGACGUGGCUCCUCCAAUCUAUCCCUGGGUAGUGCGAGUGUGCAAUCUAAUGGCACAAAUAAAACCAAUCUUUGAAAUUCGAAUGUAUGUUAUGCUAUUUCAUUGUUUAACUAAUAGGUAUAAAAUGCGAAAAUAUGUUAUUUCACUAUUCCAUAUAUCAUAUAUACAUAUAAUCACUUAUUGUUGUACUGCAUAAAUUCAA